CUUCGACAACCACAUCGCCGAAAUCUAGGCUCAGCUGCAGCAGGAGUUUGCGAAGGAUCGAGAUACGAAUGCAGGGACACAGCCCUAUAGCUUGAUUCUAUCGAGGUCAUUCGAUUGAGUGGAAUACCUUGCCUAAACAAGAGCCUGCCCCGCGGUGCUAGUUCGCCGACGUCUUUGGAAAUAUUCAACUCUUCAUUUCGGCAGACCAGGGCUAUCAAGGGAACAUGAUGGUGUCGGCCCGGGGUCUUCUCUUAGGUGUUUAUACCUCCAACAGCCUUAUAAUGCUGUUGUUUCUCCCACUAUGCUAUCUCAUCCUUCUGAGUCCGUUCAUUUCGUUGUGCAUCUGGAAAUUCGACUUGGAUCAAAAGCUUCUUCAGUUUGUCCCAACGGACUACAAGACCCCGGAUAUUUGGCCACAGGUUUUUAUUUCGCUUGUUGGGAUCUUGCUAGCGACAAGAUAUAUCUCAGGAAAGAGUGAUGGCGAUGAAAAAAAUGAAGGGAAGAGGAGGGUACAACUCCUUCCAUACUGGGUUCUGGGAGUGAGGCAUUGGUGUAAUGCUGUUUUUGGGGGAGAAAGUUGGUUGAGGAGAGUUGCGGACUCAACAAUCUCCAGUAUCUUCGCCUACAGUAUGGCGGGAUCGAAACACAAUGUCAUUCUCUCGACUUCGCUGUUUGAUCAGCUUGUCAAGAAGGCAGAUGUUCUGGAAGAGUCGGAAUUGGAUCAGUGGAUCGUGCUCCAGAACACAUGCAAUAUGCCCAAGAACAUGAGAGAACAGUACCUUCAGAUCAGACCCAGCAUUUCAAAGACGCUCGAUGCUGAGAUUUUCUCGGGGAAGCAGAUGAAGCAGCUCAUUUCGGCCUCUCUAUCUAUCCUGUCAGACUCUCUACCCGAUCUCAUCACCUUUAAUUCUUCUAUUGUCGAUCAGAUGGCUUGGGAACGAGUUGCAAACCUAGACCUAACUGACGGUACUGUUGAGGUUGAAUGCGAGUUGUUCGCUUUGAUCAACGAAUUUUUUUGCAACGCCAUCCUCCCUCCAAUCACUGGCUCAUCAUUUCCGGAAUCAUAUCAGCUCUUAGCGACUGAUUUGGCCACCUUCAAUCAAUCAUUCUUCGGGCUUGCUAUGGGAUUCCCGAGGUUCUUCCCUAUGCCAGGAUUACCAACGGCGAGUUUGGCGAGGAAAAGACUAUUUCAGAAUCUAGUUCGAUUCUUGAAUGACCUUACGGAUCCUCCGGUGAAGAGAACCAUUCCUGAUGACGAGAGUCUGAGUGGAGAAGAGGAGAUGGAUGCAGAGACACCGACACCGCUUUCUGCUUUGAAUGAUAUAUUCUCCCAGCAUGAUUUACCGAUCCCAGCGCGUGCUGCGAUAGCACUUAAAGUGUUACACGAGGUCGUCUCGGAAGCAGUGCCUCUGGCAUUUUGGACAUUGUUACACAUUUAUUCUGCCUCGACACCAUCAUCGACCAAGACGGAGGCCCAAGGCAGCGAGCCAACACCUUUGGAUCUUAUAAGGGAAGAGACAAAGGGCUGGGCUGAAGCAAUCCAGCCACCGUCGAUCCACCCUUCCUUCCCUGCACCACCAGAAAUAUCGUAUGCAUCUCACACUCAGCUACUCUCCAUCUCCUCAUUACCGUUCCUCCGAUCCUGUAUCAGUGAAUCCCGCCGUUUCUAUACCGCCUCUCUCACCACUGCCAAAGUCACAAAGCCAGCCCACCUCUACGAACCUGAAGCCACUCGGCCUGGGGUGCUGGAACAAUGGGAACUAGACGUUGGAUCCUACAUCGACGUUGGAAUCUCCCAAACCCUUAUCAACACAUCAUCCGCCAAUUAUCUGACGCCUCGGCAAUUCAAACAUGACCGCUUCCUGAAUUCUAACUCGCCGCCUCCUGGUAUCUCGUCGCCUUUUAGUCCCUCUACGGAACUUACAGAAGCCCUCUUGAUGUCACUUGUAGCAGGUGUAGUCCAACUCUGGGAUAUAUCUGCGGCGCCAAAGAAGACGAUUUUCGAACACAUGCAGGCUGCUCAGGCUGCUGCUUCAGGGCAAGAAGAACCAAAAACUGAGAAGAAAGUUGGAGUUUGGAUGGUACCAAAGGCUGUUGAUGGAGCGAGUGUUAAAAUCCCGCAGGGAGAGAUUAGGGUGAGGAUUAGGAGAAGAGAGGGCCUUGAUGGACCGUCGCGUUGAGGAAGGGGAGGUGAAUGGGGGUGGAGCGGAGUGGAAUAAGUGGGGAAGCCAAGUGGAGGCAGGGCGUAAAUGCAGAAGUGAACCUCAGGAAGAGCGAGCUAGGAGCUCAGACUAAAGCAGUGGGUAUCGGGCAUUUGGAUGCGCAUUGUGGCAAUCUUAAGUUUAGUAGGUCUGAGUGUGGGUGAUUAGUGGUAACUGUGGCUGGGACUCAACCAUGGUUCAAGACAACUCAACACAUGAAGCUAAAGAUAGGGAAGAUGCAGGGAGAUUUAGG